AUGGUCGUGUUGACGACUGACAAUCAUCCGGGUGGCGAGAACACUAUCCCAGGCUUGGACCGAAUUGUGGAGGGAUGUCGACUAAUGGUCAAGAUGACGACACAAAAUGAAUACAGAGAUGCGGAGGUACUGUUGGUUCGAAGCGAUCCAUCGCGUUUUUACGUCCACUACAUUGAUUGCAAUAGAAGACUAGACGAGUGGGUCGGUCCAGAAAAUCUCAACCUGGAUUCUUUACGAAUGCCACAGAAAGGAAAGAAAGGAGGAGUUAUGCAAUCUGUGGAGAGCACUUCGGCUUCCGGGUCACCAGAGAGAGAGAUGAGCAAGAAGAGUGCGGCUAUGAGGAAGAGAAAGGCCGCCACGAUGGACGAGGAUAGCCAAGAUGGAAUUGGUCAGAAUGGAGCUCCAAGCACACGAGGAUCCAUGUCACUGGUUGGCCACAGCGAAGAUGCCCUGACGCGGAUUCGUAAUAUUGAAAUGAUCGAGCUAGGAAGGCAUCGAAUACAACCGUGGUACUUUGCACCAUAUCCGCAACAACUUGUGCAUUUACCAUGUAUUUACAUAUGCGAAUUCUGUUUGAAAUAUGUCAAGAGUCAAACAUGUCUAAAAACACAUAUGAAGAAAUGCUAUUUAAAACAUCCACCUGGUAAUGAGAUAUAUCGCAAUGAGCCGUUGUCAUUUUUCGAAAUCGAUGGACGAAAGAAUAAGGCCUACGCACAAAAUCUAUGUUUGUUGGCGAAGCUAUUCCUAGACCACAAGACGCUUUAUUACGACACUGAUCCUUUCCUUUUUUACGUCUUGGCAUUUCUAGAUGAUCGAGGAUUCCACAUCGUUGGCUUCUUCUCGAAAGAAAAAGAAUCUGCAGAGGAGUACAAUGUGGCCUGUAUAUUAGUAUUGCCUCCAUAUCAGAAAAUGGGUUAUGGUCGAUUGUUGAUAGAGUUCAGUUACGAGCUCUCCAAGGUCGAAGGUAAGACGGGAUCUCCUGAGAAACCUCUCUCUGAUCUUGGUUUGCUUUCUUAUCGAAGCUUUUGGUCAGCAACGAUAAUUGAGAAGUUGAUGCGUUUCAAGGAGGAAGAAAUUACCGCUGGGGAAGAGCGUGCGAUUUCUGUGAUGGAUCUGUCACAAAUGACGUCUAUUCGUAAAGAAGAUGUCAUAUCUACUUUACAGCACCUCAACCUCUACAAAUACUACCGCGGUCAGUAUGUGAUCGUAAUCACUGAUGAAUUGAAGAAUGCAUACAAAAGAAUGUGUGAUAAAAUCACCGUGCGGAUCGAUCCGAGCAAGCUACGUGCGAAGAAGUCUCCAUGUGCGACUUUCGAUAAACCUCGGCAUGCACUGAAACCAAACGAUGGUCUCCUAAGCAGGCUGAGGUUGUCAUUACGACUGUUUCCAAAUCUCAUUGCCACCACUGCAGCUGUUAUCUAA